AUGGAAUUGAAUUUAUUUUUGCGCGCAAACGAGACAUACGAUGACUUUUAUAACCGUUGCAAUAAUUUGACACAUUUCGAUUGUAGUGAAGAGGAAAUGUUGUGGUGGAUGAUGGGAUCUCGGAGAUUGCCAUUGAUUGAGAUCGUGCCGAUCAGUAUUAUUUUGGUGGUAAUAUUUCUUACCGGAGUGAUAGGAAAUGUAUGCGUUUGUGUUGUGAUAGUCAGGAAUCCUGGACUACAUACUGCUACCAAUUAUUAUUUAUUCAGUCUUGCUGUUAGUGAUUUGUUAUUACUUUUAUUCGGUCUCCCCAACGACCUGUCCGUGUACUGGCACCAGUAUCCGUACAGUUUGGGACUCGUGUUCUGCAAACUACGAGCACUUAUAUCCGAAGCAGCAACUUAUGUGUCCGUGUUAACAAUAUCUGCGUUCUCACUGGAGCGAUACCUGGCGAUUUGUCACCCGCUGUACCUAUACGCGAUGGCGGGGUUGACGCGCGCCUCGCGGAUCAUCCUGAUCCUGUGGUUCAUCUCCUUCCUCUGCGCCGCUCCGUUUGCUGUCUACAGCGAGAUCAGCUAUAGAGAUUAUCCACCAAAUUCAGGCAACAUGUCACUGAAUUCAGCAUUCUGCGCGCUAAUGGCUCCGUCGCCUCUUCUUGAACUAAGCAGCAUCUUCUUCUUCUUUGUUCCUGCUGUUCUUAUUCUCUGCCUCUAUGUAACUAUUGCAUUACACAUCAGGUCAACGAAGGUUACGAAAAAGACGAAAAUUGGUCUCUUAAAUGGUCACGUGCACGGAGAAACAAAACAAGCAAGGUCUAGGAAAGCUAUUAUCAGGAUGCUCGUUGCUGUUGUUGUGGCAUUCUUCGUGUGCUGGACGCCGUUCCACUUCCAGCGACUAUUCUACAUCUACGGCUACGAUCUGCCUCAGUUCCACGUCAUCAACGAACAUCUUUUCAACGUCGCUGGGGCUCUUUACUACGUGUCUGCUACUGUUAAUCCUAUUUUAUACAACGUUAUGAGUGCCAGGUAA